GAGGGAGAGGAGGCGGUUCGUAGAUUUCGGUCCAAUUGCGUUUCGAGGGACGUUUGACAACCGGAUGUAGUUUGGUUGCGCUGGAGUAAACGCGAAAGCCCACACACGUGAUUGACGACUGUUGAUUGAGCAGCAGGUUAAUCACCAACAGGCCACUUUCUCAUCACUCAGACCUGGCGAAGGUUGCGCUUCGGCGUUUUUGCCCGGGCCGCCCACGUUUGGCGAGAAGAAUCAUGGAAGUCUACGCGGACGAUUUGGCUCCGCGGGCCGGAUCUGGCCCCCCGGGCCUUGAUUUUGACACCUGCGAUGUAAAGAAUUCAAACGCAAAAGCGGACGUCUCCAUUUUCGCUCAGCCAGUCUCCUGCUCCAUCUCCAGCCCCAAAAACAUGCCCGCACCGGCGUUCCCAGCCUCCGUGCAUCUCUGCGUCUUGCUCUUAACCGUCUCGGCGGCGGCGGCGGCGACCGCGAUGCCGGGACCCGCGCGCUGCGAGCGUGCGGACGACCGCGGGCCGGACGCGGGACCCGGAGGACGCGCGGGAGGCUCCCCGACGGACGGAGGCGAGCACGCCGAGGGCUCCCCCCGCCUCAGGAGAGCGCUGUCCCGGGGAAAACAAAUGUCCCUGCAAAGCAGCUCCUUCGUGCUCAAAGGAGACGCCACGCACAACCAGGCGAUGGUCCACUGGACGGGGGAGAACAGCAGCGUCAUUCUCAUUCUGACCAAGUACUACCACGCCGAUUCCACCAAGGUGCUGGAGAGCUCUCUGUGGAGGUCCACCGACUACGGCACAACGUACGCGAAACUCAACCUGAUGCCGGGGACCACCAUCGUGGUGAGCAGCUUCUACAUCUGCCCGACCAACAAGAAGAAGGUGGUUCUGGUGGGCUCCUCCGUGAACGAACGGGACCAAAUGCUGUUCAUCAGCACCGACGAGGGCCAGUCCUUCCAGCGGCAGAGCGUCCUCUUCAGCCCGGACGUGCUCAUCUUCCACCCCAAGGAGGAGGACAAGCUGCUGGCCUGCUGCAAAGACGGACGGCUGUUUGCCUCCACCGAUUUGGGCCGCAAGUGGACUUUGCUUCAGGAGCGGGUGACCAAGGACCGAGUGUUCUGGUCUGUGGCAGAUGUGGAUGUGGACCCAGAUCUGGUGCACAUGGAGAUGCAGGACACAAGUGGAGGUUACCUGUACGUCACCUGUCUCAUCCAGAACUGCUCCGACAAAAUGGUGACCGCUCAGUUCUUGGGAAAAAUCGACCACAAUUCUCUGUCGGUGCAGGGUGACUACAUUUUUGUCAAGGUGACCACAGGGAAUCGCACCAAGCACUACGUGUCGUAUCGACGCAGCGAAUUUGUCCAGAUGAAGUUUCCCAAGUAUGCCUUGCCAAAGGAUGUUCACAUCGUCAGCACGGACGAGCAGCAGGUCUUCCUGGCGCUGCAGGAGUGGCACCAGACGGACACGUACAACUUGUACCAGUCGGACCCGCGGGGGGUGUACUACUCCGUGGUCCUGGAGAACGUCCGGAGCACCAGGCAGCCCGAAGACGUGGUCCUCAUUGACAUCCUGGAGGUGCGUGGGAUCAAAGGGGUCUUCCUGGCCAAUCAGCGGGUGGACGGCAAGGUGAGGACCGUCAUCACCUACAACAAAGGACGAGACUGGCAGCCCCUGACCCCGCCCGCCGCCGACAUGAACGGCAAAACCGUCACCUGCAAGGCGCCGGACUGCCACCUCCACCUGCACCUGCGCUGGGCAGACAACCCUUACGUGUCCGGUACCGUCCACACCAAAGAUUCUGCUCCGGGUCUCAUCAUGGGAGCAGGUAACCUUGGCUCCAAGCUGGUGGAGUACAAGGAAGAAAUGUACAUCACGUCUGACUGCGGGAAGACAUGGAGACAGGUUUUCGAGGAGGAGCAUCACAUCCUCUACCUCGACCACGGCGGGGUGAUUGUGGCCAUCAAGGACACUUCGAUUCCACUCAAAAUACUCAAGUUCAGUAUCGACGAAGGACGCACGUGGACAGUCCACAACUUCACCAGCACGUCCGUCUUCGUCGACGGGCUCCUGAGCGAGCCGGGCGACGAGACCCUGGUGAUGACAGUGUUCGGCCACAUCAGCUACAGGUCCGACUGGGAACUGGUCAAAGUGGACUUCCGGCAGUCUUUCCCUCGCCAGUGUGGAGAGGCCGACUACGAGUCGUGGCAGCUUACAGACCUGCAGGGUGAAAAGUGCAUCAUGGGCCAGGAGCAGACGUUCCGGAGGAGGAAGGACACUGCGUUCUGUGUCAAAGGGAAGAGCUACACCUCGGCUCUCGGGACUAAGCCGUGCCACUGCACCGAGCGGGACUUCAACUGCGACUACGGUUUCGAGCGAUCCCACGCGGCGAGCGGACGAUGCUUUGCUGACUUUUGGCACCGUCCGGACUCGCCGCCAGAAAACUGCCAACCGGGACGAACCUUCGAGACAAGCACAGGGUACCGCAAGGUGGUCUCAAACGUGUGUGAGGGGGGCUUGAACAAGGAGCAAAGUGCCAAACAAAGAAACUGCCCUCUACUGCCCCCUAGAGGACUGCAAGUGGGCAUCAAAGGGCAGAUGCUGGCCGUGGCCCCCGGUGAUGAUGUCACGUUCAUCGUGCACCAGGAGGAGGGCGACACGAGCAGCACCAAGUACCAAGUGGACCUGGGCGACGGCUUCCGGGCCAUUUACCAAAACCUGACGGUGACGGAUGAACCCAUCCAGCACCGCUACGACAAUCCGGGAGUUUACAAAGUUUCCGUGCAGGCGGAGAACGCGGCGGGUCGCGACGAGGCCAGCAUGUACAUCCAGGUCACAGCACCUCUGCAAGAGGUUCACCUGGAAGUGAUCCCCAUCGCCGGGAGAAACCGGCAGGUCAACCUGACGGCCGUCGUCCUUCCCGCCGAGGCCAACCUGACCGUCUUCUACUGGUGGAUCGGAGACAGCCUGCAGCCGACGUUGACGCUGCGCAACAGCAUGCUGACCAGUUUCCCAGAGGCGGGCCGGACUUCAGUGAGCGUCCAAGCCUCCAACGGGAGGUCCAUGGUGCAGGACACCAGGACGGUCCGCGUCUACGAAAACUUCCACGUCAUCCCCCUGAGCUUCAGCGGCCACCUGGACCGCCUGAAUCCCAACAUCCCGGAGUGGCGAGAGGACGUGGGUCUGGUCGUCACCAGGACACUCGCCAAGGUCACAGGUGUCCCAGAGGAGUCCCUGGUUACUGUGGUGAAGGCGGGCCUCCCCACCGCCGCCGACCUCUACGUCCUCCCUGUGGAGAGCACCCCAGCGAAGAGAAGCGUCUUUCAGGAUAAGCGCAUCUCAACCAUCAUACAAGCCUUCAAAGACAACAACGUCAGCUUUGUGGUGCGAGGCGGUCUGCGGGUUCUGGUGCUGCCAGCGGACCCAAACGCAGGCCUCGGUCUAAAUGCUGUUGACGCCACGGAAAGAGAAAUUGGUCACGGACCUGCCGGCGGUCCCGGCGUCUGGGCCGUCGCCGUCAUUUUUCUGCUCGGCAUCGUGGCCGCGGCCUCUUUUAUCCUCUACAAGUUCAAGAGGACCUAAUUAUUUACCUUGAUGGCACUUUAUGGUGAUCAAUCAGCGGGCCCCAAAAUGCACACUUACUUGGAGCCCCGCGGACGUGGGUCGGCUCUGCUCGCGUGGAUCGUCUAACGACAGAAAUAGAAACAAGACUGAAAUAAUUGAUUCGACAGGUAUGCAACGGUGAAACGCCGAACUGCAUCAUGUUUUUCGACUCAAAAGCUGUGCUGAUCUCAAAUCCAAAACCACGCAACCCUGCCAUCUAGAGGCACGUUAGUCAUUACAGUGGUUUAGACUUGAAUUUCACACACAAGCUGAGUGAGACGGUCUUCCACGACGGACAAAUACAUUUGUCAAGAGCUGGUAAACGCUUGGAUUCUGAUUGACGAAUAUAACCGUCUAUGGGAGGGAAUGAAUUGAUGA